UGGGCCAGGCAGCUCACUCGGCUGCAGCUGGGCGCCUGGGAAAGGCGCCCUCUCACUCCUCUCCGACUUCCUGGCCCAGCCUCUCCCCUCGGCCAGCAUGGAUUUCAGGGAAAUUCUCCUGAUAGCUUCCAAAGGACAAGGUGUCAACAACGUACCGAAAAGGUAUAGUUUGGCGGUGGGGCCUCCCAAAAAAGACCCAAAAGUUAAGGGUGUCCAAUCAGCAGCUGUACAAGCUUUUCUCAGAAGAAAAGAAGAGGAGCUUAGACAAAAAGCCUUAGAGGAGAAAAGGAGAAAAGAAGAACUAGUGAAAAAGCGAAUUGAGCUAAAACAUGACAAGAAAGCGAGAGCUAUGGCCAAGAGGACAAAGGAUAAUUUCCAUGGCUACAAUGGAAUUCCUGUUGAGGAAAAGUCAAAGAAGAGGCAGGCAAUGGACAGCCACACUAGCCAGGGAAUAGACCAAGAGUAUGAGAUGGAAGAAGAGGAUGAAUUCUUAGAAUACAAUCAGGCAGAGUCAGAGCAGGAGUACGAGGAAGAACAAGAACCUCCCAAAGUUGAAAGCAAACCAAAGGUCCCCCUUAAAAGUGCCCCACCACUCAUGAACUUCACUGAUCUGCUGAGGCUGGCUGAGAAAAAGCAGUACGAACCAGUGGAGAUCAAGGUAGUGAAAAAAACAGAAGAACGGCCUAUGACGGCAGAAGAACUUAGGGAGAGAGAAUUUCUUGAACGAAAGCAAAGGAAAAAGAAACCUGAGACAGAUGCAAGACUACCUCCAACCAAAAAGGCACCCUCUCAGAAAGAAAGCAUGGGCACAAAACUUAGCAAAGUUUCUGGGGACAAGCAUCUUUCCUCCAAGGGUACUCCCCUUCCUCAUGCUGAGAAGAAAUCCAGACCCAGCACAGGGAAUGAGAAACAGUUAGGUUGGUCUUCAUCCAAAUCCAUGCCAGGAGAGAGGACCAAAGCAGGAUCUGGCAAUUGCUCCCAACCCUCGCUUCGUGAGGGCCAUGGCAGACCUGUUUUCAAUGGGGCUGGAAAGACCCACUCAAGCACCUCUUCACCAGGUGUCCUCAAGACUUCUGCUAAAGGGACUCAGAAAUCUGCUACUGAGCACAAAGCCAAAAAAUCUCCUCCCCAUCCUAGCCAUUCCAGGCCUGGGCCCACGGUCACCCCACACAGUAGGUCUAAGAGUCCAGGUGUCAGGCAGCCAGGCAGCAGCUCCAGCUCAGCCCCCGGGCGGCCCAGUACAGGGACUGCCCAGCCCACAGUUAGUUCUGGCCCCCUGCCCAGGCGCCAGAAUGGCAGCUCCAACUCAGGACCUGAGCGAUCAGUCAGUGGGACCAAGAGGCCAGCCAGUGACUUAUAUCCCUCUGGACGGAUAGUCACUGGUACAAGUGGCCCUGGACGACCUGCAAGCAGUUCAGGUGGCCCAGGGCGACCUGCAAACAGCUCAAGUGGCCCUGGACGGCCCGCAAACAGCUCAAGUGGCCCUGGGCGGCCCGCAAGCAGCUCAAGUGGCCCUGGGCGGCCCGCAAGCAGCUCAAGUGGCCCUGGGCGGCCCGCAAGCAGCUCAGGUGUCCCUGGGCGACACAUCAGUGGCUCAGGUGGUUCUGGGAGACCUAUGGGCAGCUCUGGUGGCCCUGGGCAGCCUAUGAGCAGUCCACGUGACUUUCGACGACUUAUGAGUGGCUCAGGGCCCCCUGGGCGGUCAGUCAGUGGCCCUGGGCGAUCAGUAACUGGCUCAGUUCCAGCUGGACGGACUGUUAGUAGUUCAGGCCCUGGAAGACCAGUGAGCAGCUUGGGACCUGGGCGAACAGUUAGUAGCUCAGGUCCCCCCCUGAAACCCAAGUGCACUGUUGUCUCAGAAACAAUUUCUUCCAAGAAUAUCAUUAGUCGGUCCAGCAAUGGACAGAUGAAUGGAAUGAAGCCUUCCUUAUCUGGCUACAGAUCUGCCCAGGGUUCUCAAAGGCUUCCAUUCCCUAGUGGUUACAAAAGGCAGCGAGAAUAUGAAGAAGAGGAAGAUGAUGAAUAUGACUCUGAAAUGGAAGAUUUUAUUGAAGAUGAAGGAGAACCUCAGGAAGAAAUAUCCAAGCACAUUAGAGAAAUCUUUGGCUAUGACCGAAAAAAAUACAAAGAUGAAAGUGAUUAUGCCUUACGUUACAUGGAGAGUAGUUGGAAAGAGCAGCAGAAGGAAGAGGCAAAGAGUUUAAGACUAGGUAUGCAAGAGGACUUGGAGGAAAUGAGACGUGAAGAAGAAGACAUGAGACGUCGAAAGGCCAAGAAGCUGAAAAGGCAUUAGCUGCUGCUUUUAUUUAUUUUUGUGAAAUUCUGGAGACACUCUGCUGCAAGGAAUUCCUGCCUUCAGACUGAAGAAGCCCCCUUAUCAUUUUAGAUUUAUACUUGGGUACUCGAGAAGGAAUGUAUACUGUCAUUUGCAGGCUGUCAUUUGAGCAUAAGUAUUUUCAAAUACUUUCCAGGGUGAAAUCUGUAAUGCAGACGAUAUAAUGCCCAGUGAGUGCUCUUAUGAAGCUAACUGUUCCCAGGUGCCAGCCUUGAUCCUGAUGAGCUAUGCACUCUAAUGUGGGGCCGCUUACCAGUCAGCCAAUCUUAUAUGGUUCCUUUGCUACUUUAAAAAGGAAAAAACAGGAUUGCCUCUUGACUUAUAUAAUUCCGCUGAUGUGUGAGUAGGGCACUGCCCGGCUCCCAAUCAAACUUAUUUUGUCUUUUUAUGAGGAACCUGGCCCUUCCAUGAAUGUUGCCAGCAAUAAAGUGACCUGUCCUAAUCUACGUUUGGAUUGAGAACUUGAAAAUGUAGACUUUAUAAUUAUCAUAUGGAUGUCAUCUCUGUGACUUUGAAGUAAAAAGUAGAAUAAAUUAUAUUGUAUUCUGCAUUAUUCAUGGAUUGGAUGCUGAGCAUUCUUAUUCACUAAUUUAGUGAUUAGGCAAUUAACAAAAAUCUUUCCAAGUUAAAAUAUAAGGUAUGUCAUUUGGUAUAAGAAUAUUCUUUUCCAAAUUUUCCUUUUAGAUUCACUGUUAUGUUGGCUUUAAUGUAAAAUAGACAAGGUCACUGUGCUGAUUUUUAUCUAAAAAGUUGAUUUUUAUAUUGAAGAAAAAAAUACUUAUUUUAUUCAAACAUUAGAUUUGGAAGAGUAAUAGUUUAAAAAAUAAGGAAGUGACAUGUGAGGCUCCUCUCCUCCCUUUUCCCCUCCCCCAUUAAAAGAUAUUUUGGAAUCCAAGGUGCCCCUGUACCUCUUGAUGUUAAUGGCUGCAUUUUUAUUUUCAAUUCCUUAGCAAUUAAUGGCAAAAACCCAAAAACUAAAUUCAUGUGUAUCAAGAGCACCACCUUCUUUUUGCCCAUAUUGCACUUUUAUUUCAAACUAUGCACUGCGAAGAGACAUUUUCCCCGAUAGAAAAGGAUGUUCCCUAUUACUGGUGUUUUACUGGGCUGUGGAACCUUCUUCAUUCUCACCUUUCUUCAAGUCAUAUCUAUAGACUUGAUAUCUCUUAAGCCUCAAGUCCAGGCAAUUCCAGUCAGGCUGACCUAGGUGCUGGCUGGAGAGAAGCCAAGUCUCAAGGAAAGUCAACAACAGAAAAUGAGAUAUGAUGAUGCUAGAGGGCAUUUGUCUUUGAUUCUAAAUGUGGAGGGUUCAGGACAGUGGGACAUAAGCUUGUAGUAAACAUUGUGGCUAUCUUAAGCCAUUGGACAAUGGGGAUUAGGAAGUAGGAGAGGUUGUCCUACAAAGAAUCCUUAUUCUUCAACAGGUCCGAAAGUUGUUUCUGUGUAUUCCUUUUUAUCUGUAAAGCUUUCUUUAUUCAAGUUUGGGUAUUAUGUAUUACCAUCGGUAGCCUCCCUUAAUGGGACAACCAUAUGACCCAGUACCUUAAGACUGCCUCGUUUGGAAUUGAAUUUCAAACUUUGAAAUUGCAAGGAUUUAAUUUUGAAGUUGAAUCCUAUGAAAGGUAUGUUCAUGACUAGGAAUAAUACCCUAACGCUCCACAAAGAACUGUUACACUAGUGGCAGAAAAUCCUAUUGACUGCCUCACCCAUCUCAAAUACCCUCAAGGAAAUUAAGGGUAGUGUGAUGUUCCAUGUAAUGAAACAGGUUUGGAACAUUAUUUCCUUUGCUGUCACUUAUGUGGUUUUUUAUCUCACCCUUCAAAAAUUUGUUUUCUUGGAUAUAUUUUUUUCAAUGUUCAGACUCUUUGAAAUCUGUAAUUACAAUCAAGUGCUUUUCAUGGCUGAAAGUUCUGGUGGCUUCAAGUUUACUAGCACUUUACUCAAUGAUAUUGUGCAGUUAUUUGUAUAGAAAGGCACCACUGUGCUAGAUAAAAGUUGCAGAACUUGGUAGAAGAGUCAGAUUGUGUCCUUAGGUGUCUAUCACUUCUGAGUGCAUUUCUUCUAAAAUAUGUUUAUUUUAGUAUUCUUCAGCAUUAUAAAAGGGCACUUCUGUAGCACAUUAAAAAAGUUCUAAGUCUCUUAAUCUUGGCCUUGUUUCCAAAUCCUGUCUUCCAUUUUGUUCUGCAAUUCCUGACCACUCUUACAAAAAGCUCACAAAUCUGAAGAAACUGGAAUAGGCUGUUAUUUUUAUCAAGGUUUAUAAAUUAAGUACUUGAUUUUUAAUGUAUCCUCUACUGUUUUGAUUUUCAGAUUUUAUUCAGUUUUAAUAAGAUGUGCCUUUUAUUGGGUAAUGUUAAUUCACGAAUGUAGUAAUGUAAUUUCACGAUUGUAAUAAUGUUACAUGAUCAUGGGUGUGGCAUUCUCUAACAGGUGAUGUGAAAGGAAAGUAGUUUUCAUAAAACUCAUGGCUCUGAUUGCACAGUCCUUGCUUUUGAUAUUUCUAUGUCAAAGCAAAGGGCACUUUCUUUUAAGGCUACUUUCAGAACUUGUCUUUGUAUUUUCUCCAAACUAUAAAUGCUGUUAUGUCCAUUUGGAGGCCAGGGUACCACAUGUCACAGACAGCCUUACAUGUGUGCCAUGAGAAGUUUCAAAGACUGUUAACAAAAAAGAAAGUCUGUGGGAACUCGAAAUUUCAUUUUUUUAAUCCCCAAGAUUUUCUCCAAGAAAUAAAUUACUGUUUUAUAUUUUCUAACUUAAAAGCAGCUAUUAGUACAUUUCUGAGAUAUAUAGCAGGAGACCAAAACAUGUUUGGAAAGAGAAUAAAUAUAUGAAGAGAGACUGGUUGGUUUAUUUUCAAUGUGCUGAAUAUAUUAAACUAUUUAUUUUGUGAGUGGAUGUGCUGAAAUAUUCAGGUGUUUAGUGUAUGAUUAAAAGUGGGAGAUAGAUUUCUUUGGAAUUACUAAAUCCAUCACGUCUUUUACAUAAUGGACAAAUCAAGUUAAAAAAAAAUUUACAUAGUUUAGCUUGUUUUCUGGUGCUGUUGACCUGCAAGAGAAUCUACUUUUGCAUCUACAGGUGAAAGUUUUGCAAUUUAUGUAUAAAAGAAAUUGUAGGCAUUAAAAAUAUUUUAUUGAUA